AUGAAGACGGACACCGCGGUGCAGCCUGCGCCCUUCAGCGGCAGGAAGCAGAGUCUGAUCGAAGAUGCCCGGAGGGAGCGCAGCAGCGGCUCCUCGGGCUCCCCGGGGCCCUCCAGGUACGGGGAUGCCUUCGUGUUCGAGGAGAAAGAUGGAAGAGUCACCUUGAACCUCCUUUUCGCUCUGAGCAGUGAGAAAAACGCAGGGUUCUUCAAAACUGGAAAAAUAUUUGAGACCUUUGAAGCUAAACUUCUCCACAUUGAGAGUCGACCAGGGAGGAAAUCAAAGAACAGCACAAUGGACCUGGAGUUCUUCAUGAAAUGUGAAGUUCACAGGUCUGACCUGGAUGUUUUUAUCAAUUCACUGAAGAGAGUAGCAGAUGAUGUUCGCUCAAUCCCAGAGGAAAAGGUUCCCUGGUUCCCUAAACAGAUAAAAGACCUUGACAGAUGUAACCUGCUAAUAACCAAAUUUGAUCCUGACAUGGACCAGGACCAUCCAGGAUACAGAGAUCCAGAAUACAGAAAAAGAAGAGCUUUCAUUUCUGAGCUUGCUUUCAGAUACAAACAGGGAGACCCUCUACCUGUUGUGGAAUACACAGAAGAGGAAGUGGCCACAUGGAGGGAAGUUUACCAGAAGCUGCGAAGUAUAUACUCCAGCUUGGCCUGUCGGCAGUUUGUUGACGGUCUGCAGCAGCUGGAGAGAGAGUGUGGCUACGGAGAGGACAGCAUCCCUCAGCUCAGAGAAGUGUCUGCCUUCCUGAAAGAGAAAACAGGUUUCCAGCUGCGUCCAGUGGCUGGUUUGCUGUCAGCCAGAGACUUCCUUGCCAGUUUGGCCUUCAGAGUGUUUCAGUGUACUCAGUACAUACGUCACUCCUCUGCACCCAUGCACUCCCCUGAGCCAGACUGCUGUCAUGAACUGCUCGGACAUAUUCCAAUGCUGACAGACAAAGAAUUUGCCCAGUUUUCUCAGGAAAUUGGACUGGCCUCACUUGGAGCCUCAGAUGAAGAUAUUGAGAAACUGUCAACGUUAUACUGGUUUACUGUGGAGUUUGGACUGUGCAAACAGGAUGGGACAGUGAAAGCUUAUGGUGCUGGACUGCUGUCAUCAUACGGAGAGCUUGUUUAUGCUCUGUCUAAUGAGCCAGAGUACAAGCCUUUUAACCCGGAGGAGACGGCACUUCAGCCAUACCAGGACCAAACCUACCAGCCUGUUUACUUUGUGUCUGAAAGCUUUGAGGAUGCAAAGAUUAAGAUGAGGAGGUACUCUGCAACUAUCAAGCGUCCCUUUACGGUCCAUUACAACCCAUUUACCUGCAGCGUGGAAGUUUUGGAUCAACCCUGUAAGAUCCAAAAUGCCCUAAGCCAGAUGAGAGAGGACCUGAGGACCCUUCACAGUGCAUUGGAGAAGCUCAGCUCAUCCUGAGGCCAUAAA